AUGGAAAUAGAUAUGGUUGAAGCUCAACCAAUAACUGAAGAUGUGCUUCAAACAUUUGAUUGUAUUCAAGUAGAAGGACAAAGCAUUAUAGAGAUUGACAACGAACAAAUUUUGGGUAUUCAAGUCUUAGAGAGUGCACCGUUAAUAGAAGAAGUUGUUAGAUCAAGCUCAACAAGAUAUUCGUUGAAAUGCAAUGGUGAUAGGUGUGGGUGGUGUGUGCGUGCUUUCAGAGUUAAAGAUUCAACACUGUUCAAGAUAGUAAAGAUUGAGAAAAAUCAUGACUGCUCAGUUAACACUAUGAAAGCGGAUCAAAGGCAUGCAACUUCAAAGUUGAUUAGUGGUUACAUUAUUGACAAUCUUCGAGACCCAAGGUUUGAAGUUACACCAGCUUUUGUCAUGGCAGAAAUGCAAAAAUUGCAUGGACUAGACAUUGGGUAUCACAAGGCGUGGCGUGCUAUUCAACGUGCUUCAGCUUUAAUAAGAGGAACUCCUGAAGAGAAUUAUGAAUUAUUUGUCUUCAUACUUGUAUAUGAUGAAAAGUUUCUUUAUAUGUUUUAUGCAUAUGGAUCAUUAAUAACUGGUUGGAAUCAUUGUAGACCUGUGAUUGCUGUUGAUGCAACUUUUUUGAAGUCAAAAUUUCGUGGUGUUUUAAUGAUUUCAAUUUCAAAGGAUGCAAAUAACCAAAUUUUCCCACUAGCCUUGGGAAUUGCAGAAUUUGAAAAUAACAAUUCCUAUGAGUGGUACUUUAGUGAGCUUCGCAAUGCAAUUGGGAGUCGUGAGAAUUUAAUUUUUUUAUCAGACAGGCAUCAAUCUAUUGCAUGUGGCAUUGCAAAGGUAUAUCCUGAAAGCCACCAUGGGAUUUGUAUCUAUCAUUUGGAGAAGAACCUAAAGCGAAGGAAAGUGAAAAGUGAGGUCAUAAAACUUUUCCAAAGUGCUGCAAGAGUAUACAGGCGCAAAGAAUUUGAUCUAUACAUGUCAGAUAUAGCAAAAGUAGAUAAGAAGACUUAUGACUACUUGAUGGAAGAACCACCGCAAAGGUGGGCACGUUCUUGUAGUCCACGACGAAGAUAUGACAUCCUCACAACAAACAUAGUUGAGUCAAUGAAUUCUGUGCUAUUAGAAGAAAGGGAGCUGCCUAUAUUAAGAAUGAUGGAUUUCAUCCAAGUCUUCCCUGUUGAUUCAUGGCGUUCUAGAGUUGAGGAAGAAGGAAUUACUUUCUUGGUGGACUUAAACAAAAGGACAUGUGAUUGUUUUCAGUUUCAAUUUGAUGAAUUACCAUGCAUACAUGCAAUUGCAGCUAUCGAGAAGAGAAACAUCAAGAAGUCCAACUUUUGCUCGCACUGGUACUUAAAGGAAUCUUGGCUGAAAACAUAUGAAAGACAAAUACAUCCUGUAGGACAUACUGAUUGUUGGAUUAUUCCAGAGAGUGUUAAGGCACAAAUUAUUAAAACUCCAGAUUUCAAAGUGCCACCAGGUAGAAGGCAGAAGAAAAGGCAUAUUCCAGCUAUCGAGUCAUCCAAAAUAACAUUCAAAUGUGGUCGUUGCAGAAGAAUUGUCCAUAAUAGAACAGCUUGUAUAUAUUCUCCGGCGGUCCAUCCAUUUUCAAGGAAGCAUAGAGAAUAG